ACAGUUGUCCGGGAGCAUUGAGCUCACGCCGCUCUCUACAUCGCACCACCACUGCGGUAGGAGCGGGGAAGGCAGCAGCAUAGGGGGACCCAGCAGACACCCUUUACUUGUUCCUGCACGAAAACAAAUCCAGGUGGUCUCUCUGCCGACUUUAUCACAGAGGAGGACUUUCCUGAGAGGACAUAUAGUAGGCAACAGCUCACCGGGCAAACCCACAGCCCAGCAAGAGCGAAGGAGGGAGAACUUUUGGCUGUUGCUGUUGUAUUUACCACACCUGCGUAACCUUGGAAGUCAGACCUGUUUAUUGCGAGAGGAUGGGACCGCUUCUCCUCUCCAUCGCCCUGUGUUUGGGCACCGCUGUCCCGCAGCUUGUGAACGCAGCAGAUGGUGAGGAACCAACUUCAGCAGGACCUUGCCAUCCAAACCCAUGCCACAACAGAGGAAUAUGUGAGAUCAGUGAGACUUACAGGGGUGACACUUUCAUUGGUUAUGUCUGCAAGUGUCCACCUGGCUUCAGUGGAGUGCAUUGCCAGCACAAUAUUAACGAAUGCGAAAGGGAACCAUGCAAGAAUGGGGGAAUUUGCACAGAUCUGGUUGCCAACUAUUCCUGCGACUGCCCAGGGGAGUACAUGGGCAGAAACUGUCAAUACAGAUGCUCUGGACCUCUCGGUAUGGAGGGCGGUAUAAUCUCCAACCAACAGAUAACAGCCUCUUCCACCCACCGUGCUCUCUUCGGCUUGCAGAAGUGGUACCCGUACUUCUCUCGCCUCAACAAGAAAGGACUGGUCAAUGCCUGGACGGCUGCCGAAAAUGACAGAUGGCCAUGGAUCCAGAUAAACCUGCAGAGGAGAAUGAGGGUCACAGGCCUUAUUACCCAGGGUGCAAAGCGUAUAGGAAGCCCAGAGUACGUCAAGUCUUACAAAGUAGCCUACAGUGAUGACGGGAAGACCUGGAGAACAUACAAAGUCAAGGGCAAAGAUGAUGAUAUGAUUUUCCGAGGAAAUGUCGAUAACAACGCUCCAUCAGCCAACUCCUUUACCCCUCCCAUUGAAGCCCAGUACGUGCGCAUUUACCCCCAAGUCUGCAGGAGGCACUGCACCUUACGCAUGGAGCUGCUGGGUUGUGAGCUAACAGGCUGCUCCGAGCCACUGGGUUUGAAGUCAGGUCAUGUCCAAGACUACCAGGUCACAGCCUCCAGCAUCUUCAGGACGCUCAACAUGGACAUGUUCACUUGGGAGCCUGGCAAGGCCCGGCUGGACAAACAGGGCAAGGUCAAUGCUUGGACAGCUGGACACAGUGACCAGUCACAGUGGCUACAGGUGGAUUUGCUUUUGCCUACCAAGGUCACAGGUGUCAUCACCCAGGGAGCUAAAGACUUCGGCCACGUCCAGUUUGUUGGCUCUUACAAACUGGCGUACAGCAAUGACGGAGAAAGGUGGAGUAUAUAUCAAGAUGAGAAACAGGGGAAAGACAAGGUAUUCCAAGGUAACUUUGACAACGACACGCACCGAAAGAACGUGAUAGAUCCCCCCAUCUACGCUCGGCUCAUUCGGAUCCUUCCCUGGUCAUGGUACGGCAGGAUCACUUUGCGUGCAGAAGUACUGGGAUGCACAGAGGAAGAGUGAAGUCCCGUCUUCCAUCUUUUCUUGCCAUUUUCCCCCUAUCCCGUGGCAUACUGGAGUAUCUCACCCAGUAUUUCAAAAAUAAACUGUGCAACCUGUAAAAAGAAAUCAAUUUCCAAUGGAUUUUUCAAGAAUACGUGUUUGGUUGUGGUGGGUUGCUGUUUGUUCUUUUUGUACAAUGAUUUCAAACUUGCCCUUGACCCACUUUUGUCUUUGAGUUUCCUCUUUAAAGCGUGCUCUUUGUGUUUUUAUUCUCCUCAAGAUUAACCAUCCUGUUUGGAAUGAACUUCUGUAAUAUAUGUGGGAACGGUGGGGGUGGGGUUGGAGUCGGAGAGGGGUUCUUGCUGUGGUUUCAUCCUGUUGCCAUGGAAGCUAUUAGUACAGUGUCACUUUUUAAAAAACAUGUGAAAUCUGUCUGUCGUGCUUCAUUGGACAUUAAUUACCAACGUCAUACCAUAACUAAAACUGUCUCAAAUACCAUGAGUUCACACCUUAACACAUAAUCAAAUAUAUUUUUACUUUGAUUACGACACUUUCCACAAGCCAUGCGUUAACCCUGAUGAACACUGGCAUUACUACAUCAAUCAAAACACUAUUAAUGCUCUUGUAUUAUAUGUAAAAGACUAAAAAAUUGCAUGGUGCGUGAAUUAUAAAUGUAUAUUAUGACAAAUCAUGUUAAACCUCUAGCCCUGGGAACAAUGGCUUUGAUUUAGGGACCUAUUUUUAUGUGCAUUUUUAAAUAGUUCUGAAACAUUACAACACACUGCAAAAGCUUAUUGAAGAUACCUGACAACAAAAGGCCCUGCAGUUUAACGUUUUACUGCAGCACACUGAGGCUAUCUCUCGUCGACUUGUCUUACUGCUCUCAUAAAGAGCUCCAUUUUUUAUUUGUGUGAUUAACGCUCGAUUUUUCUAAGAUAAUUCGAUUUUUUUUUGUGUGCUUUGUAUUUAUUUUUGAUUUAUUUGUAUCAGCUGUCAGAUGCAUAAGAUCUGUGUUAAAUGUCUUUGUGUAGUCUUGGAGAUCUAACUUGUAUCAAUUACAAAGCUCAGGAUAGAUGUAAUAUUAACCCACAAAUGUAUCAUUUUUGGCCACCUAUUUAAAUAUGUCUCUGUAUUAUUAUUUAAAGAGAACAUCAAAUGAGUGAGAGCAGUUAUUUAAAUCAUCCCCUUAUAUGCAUUAUUCAAAUAUUCAAAGCAGUCUACUCUUUUCCUUAACCCCCUUGGUACGAUAAAUAAUCAUUGUUAAUUAAAUUGUUCUUUUUGUUUUUCAAAAAAGAGCAAAUGUGCGGGAUUAAUAAUACGUCAUAUCAACCUACAAUGCUGAUGAGCCGUGGUAUCAGUACAGAGCUCUAACGUUAAUAUCGACAGCCUCUUUAUUUCAGGGGAUCUGAUCUACGUGUACGACAGAUGAUAUAGUGAUGAAAAAAAAUGUGAAAUUAAAUUCAUUUGAGAGAUUGUGGGUAUUUGCACUUGACAUGACAACAACUCUGCAUGUAGAAAUUAGUUACCGGGGAUAAAGAUGCCGCCGUACCAACCACGCCAAAAAUACCCUAGUUAUGCAGUUUCCAAUGAUGCUUGGCUGGUUUAAUAAAUGGAAGCAAACAACUACCUGAGGUAUAGCAAUGGUGUUACAGCCCUUUUGUGGUUUAAAAAUAGACCUGGAUUACUCUAGUGGUUCCCACUUUACUCAAAGUGUGGAGUGCUAGAACAACAGCUGAAGGGGGCUGCUUUUAUGCUCUGUGUUUCACUUGCCAGCUUUCAAACGCUUAACUCUCCAAUCAUAUUGCAGAAGUACAAUGUAUGUGUUCGAAGAUUGCAGCCCAUCCUGAAAUAAAACACUAAGAAAAAACAUAUUUAAUUUGAUGCACCGAAGUAAUUUUGGCUGAGUACCAUGGUUAUUUUCAUUACUUUAUAUUCAAGGACUGAAAGGGCAUUCAAAUCAAAUGCUUUUAUACUUAAUUCUAAAAGCACAGCAAAGAACACACCAAGAAAAAAUGUGUCACUCACAACAUUUUGUUGCUAACUUUAUAUUGUUGCCUGCUAGGGCAUUUAAGGCUGUCAUGAUACUCUUCGUAGAUAACAAGAAACCGUAACAACAUAACAAAAGCAUAUUUCAAUUGUUAUCUGGCUGAUUGAAACAGAGUAUAACCUUUAUUCUGCUUUGGCAAAGAACAAUGGGAUAUCUUUGGAAAAGUUCACUCGUGUUGCGUUGCCAAACUUCAACUGUACAAUGUAAAUUACACUGAAAGACCUUGCUGUAGAUUACCAAUAUGUGAAAAUUGUAAUUGGUGUGAAUCAGUGAUUGUCAUUUCUUAGGUUCAUGGACAAAGGAUACGCAUAAACACACUAUUUGUGCACUCUUGAAUUGUUUAUCGCUAAAUAACUAGAUCUUGGCCAGCAUCUGCUCUGAUUGAUCUUUGUAGCCAGCUUCCUGUCAGCAGGUCUGCUACAAAGCUUUGAGGAAGUUUGCAUGAUGUAUGAGUUUGAACAGUAUAACAAAGACGUCCCAAGGCGCAUUAUGUUCUUGCAUAUCAUAAAGAUCUAAUAGCCUUUACUUUGUACUAGCCAUUGAUUGUCUUGUGCAUUGUAAAACUUUAUCUCCCAAGUUCAGAAAGGGGAGCAGAGUGGAAACUCAUCCUGUUGUUGUAUUUCUGUGUCCGCUGUUCACAGAAUAUUUCUUACCUCCUCAGUCUGAGUGUCAAUCAUGAUCUAGAAAACAUAACUAUUAUAAUGCUGGUUAAGUUCAAGCCUGAUGAGGGGAGUGAGAAACUGUAUACAGUCAAAAAAUGUGUUGCUUCAAACAAAAGCUCUUUCAGUUUGACAAAUAAAAACAUAUCUGUGAAAA